AUGCUUCUAAAAUUAUGGUAUCUCGUGCAACUCUGUUUCUUCACCGUAGCAUUCUCAUCAUCUGUUCCUCCAUUCUACAAAACAAAGCCAGGUUGUGAAUCCAAAUGUGGUAACGUUUCAAUUCCUUACCCAUUUGUGAUUAUGAAUCAGAGCCUGGAUGAUUGUUCGAUUGGUGAAACAGGUCUUGAAUACGGAAUCACUUGCAAUACUUCAUUUAACCCUCCCAAGCCUUUCAUAGGUACCAGUACCAUUGAGAUUUUUGAUAUAUCGGAGAGCGAAGUUCGAACUGGUAGUGUGCUAGCUGUCUUAUGUUACAAUGAAUCUGGAGAUAUAACACACCACUCGCGGCACUGGAUGGACACCACUGGAUCAUUCACACUAUCGUAUACCAAAAACAUGUUCUUCGGAAUCGGGUGUGAUACAUAUGCAACUUUAGACGGUGACUUGGGUAAGAAAAAAUACGAAAGCUCGUGUUCAUCAGAUUGUGAGAGCAGAGACAGCGUCCAGGAAGGAUCCUGCUUUGGCAGAGGGUGCUGCCAGAGUGCCAUCCCAAGGGGGCUAACGAAGUUUGAAGUAUGGCUCUUUCCCAGUGUAACACCAAAUAUAUCUGUGACCUCUUUUAAUCCUUGUAGUUAUGCUUUCUUAGCUGAACAAGAUCGGUAUACGUUUAAUUCGUCGGAUAUUUUGGAUGGGAAAAAUUUUAUUAGCCGAGGAAAAGAAUUAUCCAUUGUAUUUGAUUGGGCGGUAGGAAAUAAGACUUGCGAAGAAGCUCGGAAGUUGGCAAACUUUUCAUGCCACGACAAUAGUUAUUGCGUCAAUUCUGACAACCAUCCUGGGUAUCGCUGUACUUGUCAUGAUGGAUACGAGGGGAACCCUUAUUUCAGUCCCGGAUGCCAAGACAUAAACGAGUGUGAGGAUCAAAACAACAAUCCUUGUGCCGGGAUUUGCACAAACACCUUGGGUAGUUACAAAUGUUCUUGUCCAAAAGGGAGUCUUGGUGAUGGGAGGAGAGGUGGAAGUGGUUGCUUUCACAAUAAUCAAGCAUCUCCGGUGUUUAAGAUCUCUCUUGGUAUCAGUUUAGGCAUCUUUUUCUUAAUUAUCGGUAGUUCUUGGUUAUACUUCAGUAUGAAGAAGAGAAACCAAAUCCUCCUCAAGGCUAAAUUCUUCGAAAAGAACGGAGGUUUACUUUUAAGGCAACAAAUAUCUUCACAGGAAAGCAGUGGAGAGUCCUCGGCAAAGAUCUUCACGGCAGAGGAGCUAAAACUAGCAACCAAUAGUUAUGAUGAAAAAUUAAUCCUCGGGCGUGGAGGUCAUGGGGUCGUUUACAAAGGAACUUUAUCUGACAAUCGUGUCGUGGCAAUUAAGAGAUCAAAAAUUAUCGAUGAGGCUCAAAUUGAAGAAUUCAUCAACGAGCUUGUUAUUUUAACUCAAGUUAAUCAUCGUAACGUUGUGAAGAUCUUGGGAUGUUGUUUAGAGACUCAAGUUCCUUUACUUGUCUAUGAAUACAUUUCAAAUGGCACCCUUUCUCAACAUAUCCAUCAAACGAAGGAUGUUAUGUCAUCAUCCGUUUCUUGGGAAAGUCGCUUGAGGAUUGCAGCUGAAACUGCAGGUGCAAUUGCCUACUUACACUCCGCAGCUUCCAUACCCGUAAUUCAUAGAGAUAUCAAAUCAGCUAAUGUACUAUUAGAUGAAAAUUACACCGCAAAAGUAGCGGAUUUCGGAGCGUCAAGGUUGAAUCCACUGAAUCAGAAUGAAAUAGACACAUUGGUUCAAGGCACCUUAGGAUAUUUGGAUCCGGAAUACCAUCAAUCUGGCCAGUUGACAGGUAAAAGCGAUGUUUAUAGCUUUGGUGUCGUUCUUGUAGAGCUCUUGACAGGAGAAAUACCCAUUUCAUUCGAAAGACCUGAAGAGCAACGAAACAUCGUAUCGUAUUUUAUUUCAUUGGUAAAAAGAAAUGAUAUGCUCCAUGUUCUCGAGACUAGAUUGGUAACAAAAGGGAAUCGAGAGCAAGUAGUUGCAGUGGGAAUGCUUGCAAAUAGAUGUCUGAGUCCAAAGGGUGGAGAAAGGCCUACCAUGAAACAAGUCGCGAUGGAGCUAGAAAGUUUGAGAAAAGUGGAUUCAUCAUCAACGCGCACAUUAAUGCAGGAUCUUCUUCCUAAACAAGACGCAGGAGAGUGUACAGAUUCAGCAUCUGAGCCAAAAGACCUAUAUGCAAUACCCAUGAUGAGCUCUUCUUACUCGAUCAGUGAUUCUAACGCAAAUAGUUUGGAGAUGUCGUUGAACCCCCGUUGA